AUGAGCGUUCCAUGCAGCAUCCUAGGUAUGAAUGACGUGGCCUGGCAGGAGACGAGAGGUGGGAUGCUGCAUGCAAAUGGUGCUCCUGAGGCUGGGGUUGUGCGCGUUCAUGCUGGAGGGCCCCUAGCCACAGUAGUAGGAGCUGGGCAGGCUCCAGGAGCACCACAUUUACAGGGCAUGGACAGAAGUUCUAACCCUACCCCAGGUACACCGCAGCCUCCACUCAGUGGGAGAUCUCAGGAUGACGCCACAGUUGGAUAUUUCUUUCAGAGACAGCCUGGGGAGCAACUUGUAGGUUGCACACCCAGCAAGCAUCGCUGGCCUACUGGAGAUGCUAACCAUGUUGAUCAGGUCCGAGCUGUGGAUGAAAUGAAUUAUGACUUUCAGGCUCUUGCAUUGGAGUCACGGGGGAUGGGAGAGCUUCUUCCUGCAAAAAAGCUCUGGGAUUCUGAUGAGUUGGCCAAAGAUGGAAGAAAAGGGAUGCUGCUUGGAGAGGAGUGGAGGGACAAUGCAUGGGGAUCAUCUCACCAUUCAGUGUCUCAGCCAAUUAUGGUCCAACGGCGGCCAGGCCAAGGUUUCCAUGGGAACGGGGAUGCCAAUUCUGUGCUAUCACCUCGCUCUGAAGGUGGAGGCCUGGGGGUGAGCAUGGUGGAAUAUGUCCUGAGCUCCUCUCCAGGUGAUAAGAUGGACACUCGCUACAGGAAUGGUGGUUAUGGUGGAAGCGAUGCUGACCAAGAUGGUAGAGAUAAGGGUGAUGCCCAGGAGAAGGUGUCCCCUUUUGAAGAAAAUAAGAGCCCAGAGAAGGUGGGAGAGGACGGUGAUCCCACUAAGACCAAUGGAAGAGGCUUACUAAACGGCAUGGAUAGAGACUGCAAAGACUUCAACCCAACUCCUGGAAGCCGUCAAGCGUCUCCCACUGAGGCCGUGGAGCGGAUGGGUCCCAGUCAGACCGGUUUGGAGAUGAUGGCACAGCACCAUCCCCACAUUCUCCAGCAACAAAAUCCUGCCCAAAACAAGAUGCCUGCUGAUGAUUUCCAGAAUCAAGAAGCCCAGAACAUGGGUGGUAUGGAGCAGCAAGCUGGUGUGGAGUCACUUCAGUUUGAUUAUGGAAACCAGAUCCAGGUGGACUCCUCAGGAACUCCUGUUGGAUUGUUUGACUACAGCUCUCAACAGCAGUUGUUCCAAAGAUCUAAUCCCCUGACUGUUCAGCAGCUCACAGCAGCUCAGCAACAACAAUAUGCCUUGGCUGCAGCUCAGCAGCAGCAUCUCGCGGGCCUCACUCCUGCUUUUGUGCCAAACCCUUACAUCAUUAAUGCUGCCCCCCCUGGAACUGAUCCCUACACUGCUGCUGGGCUGGCAGCAGCAGCCACGCUUGGAGGUCCCACAGUUGUUCCUCCACAGUACUACGGUGUUCCCUGGGGUGUGUACCCAGCCAAUCUUUUUCAGCAACAGGCUGCAUCUACUGCCAACCACUCGGCUAAUCAACAAGCAUCCAAUCAGGGACCAGGGCCAGGCCAACCACAGGGUCAGCAGGAAUCUUUAGCAGCUGCAGCAAACCCUGCCCUGGCUUACGCAGGAAUGCCUGGUUAUCAGGUAUUAGCCCCUGCUGCCUAUUAUGAUCAGACUGGAGCAUUGGUGAUGGGCCCUGGUGCCCGAACAGGCCUGGGUGGGCCUGUCCGUCUAGUCCAGACCCCUCUUCUUAUCAACCCUGCUGCAGCACAGGCUGCAGCAGCAGUGUCUGCAUCUGGCUCCGGCAACAACAUGUCUGGCCCGCCAGCCAAUGGACUGUACCGCUCCAUGCCUCAGCCUCAACCUCAGCCACAGCAGCAGCAGGCUCCCCCACCCAGCAGUGGCCUGCCGUCAAGCUCAUUCUAUGGCUCUGGAUCUGUACCCAACACCUCUCAGAGCAGCUCUCUUUUUUCGCACAACUCUGCUGGACUACCACCACCGAGUUCCUCCCUGGGCUUCGGCAGCACAGGCAGCUCUCUGGGAGGAGGCCUGAGCUCUGCUCUAGGAGGCUUUGGCUCUUCAGUAUCUAGCUCAACAAGUAGCAGUGUAUCUCGCAGGGACUCUUUGUUGGCAAGUUCUGACCUAUACAAACGAGGUGGCAGCAGUUUAACCCCCAUUGGACAGCCGUUUUACAACAGCCUGGGUUACUCAUCUUCACCCAGUCCCAUUGGCCUGACACCAGGUCACUCACCACUGACUCCCCCGCCGUCUCUGCCGUCGUCUCAUGGAUCGUCCUCCAGCCUUCACAUAGGUGGCCUGACAAAUGGCAGCGGGCGUUACAUUUCUGCCGCUCCCGGAGCCGAGGCCAAAUACCGCAGCGCCGGCAGCACAUCCAGUCUGUUCAACUCCAGCAGUCAGCUGUUCCCUCCGUCUCGGCCGCGCUACAGCCGCUCUGAUGUCAUGCCUUCUGGGCGCAGCCGUCUACUGGAAGACUUCAGGAACAACCGUUUCCCAAAUCUACAACUCCGCGACCUGCCGGGACACAUGGUGGAGUUUUCUCAAGAUCAGCAUGGAUCCAGAUUUAUCCAGCAGAAACUGGAGCGGGCCACUCCUGCUGAGAGGCAGAUGGUGUUUGGAGAGAUUCUGCAAGCUGCAUAUCAACUGAUGACUGACGUGUUUGGGAAUUAUGUCAUCCAGAAGUUCUUUGAGUUUGGAAGCGCAGACCAGAAGCUUGCUCUUGCAACUCGUAUUCGCGGACAUGUUCUCCCUCUGGCUUUGCAAAUGUAUGGUUGCAGGGUCAUUCAAAAAGCCUUGGAGUCCAUUUCCUCAGAUCAGCAGGUAAUUGGCGACAUUGUACGGGAGCUGGAUGGCCAUGUCUUGAAGUGUGUGAAGGACCAGAAUGGAAACCAUGUGGUGCAGAAGUGCAUCGAAUGUGUUCAGCCCCAGGCUCUGCAGUUCAUUAUUGAUGCUUUCCAAGGACAGCACUGCACUCAGGAGCAGACUCUGCCUAUCCUGGAAGAGCUGCAUCAGCACUCUGAACAGCUGGGCCAGAAAUAUCAAGGCGUAUCAUUGGAGAUGACACCCAAAACAUAUUAUACAGUGUCCCGUGAUGCACUGUUCAAGGAUCAGUACGGCAACUACGUCAUCCAGCACGUUUUGGAACAUGGCAGGCCGGAGGAUAAGAGCAAGAUUGUGGCAGAGGUUCGAGGGAAGGUUCUUGUCCUUAGCCAACAUAAAUUUGCAAGUAAUGUUGUGGAGAAGUGUGUGAUCCACUCAUCGCGUGCAGAGAGAGCUCUGCUGAUAGAUGAGGUGUGCUGCCAGAAGGAUGGGCCCCACAGUGCUCUGUACACCAUGAUGAAGGACCAGUAUGCUAAUUAUGUUGUCCAAAGAAUGAUCGACAUGGCAGAACCUGCUCAGCGUAAAAUCAUCAUGCACAAGAUCCGGCCGCACAUUGCUACUUUGCGCAAGUAUACAUAUGGGAAGCACAUUCUGGCCAAGCUGGAGAAGUACUACAUGAAGAGCGGCUCCGAACUGGGUCCCAUCGGGGGACCCACAAACGGCCUCAUGUAG